UUCUUCCUCACUAACCAACAACACACUCCAAGUGUUUACAACUUUUUUUUCCUCUUCUCUUGUUUUGCUCUAAACAACUUCUCAGCAUUCUCAUCUUUAUCAUUACUUCUUCUUCAAUCAAUCUGGAAUCAGUUUAAUCUUUUCUCAUCCUCAUCAACUUACCUUCAACAUUUUUUGCCCAUCGCAAGACACAAGACGCAGUUGCAACAAAAUGAAGAGAGAGAAAACUCAGAAACUUUAACUGCAACCAAAAUUCAUCAUUUACUUUCCUCAUUCCCAGUCAUUUACUCUUCAUCCAUGUCAACAGUUUGUAUCUUUCACCAGAGUAUAAAUAAAUCCUCAAAGUUAUUGUCUAAAUUGACUAAAUACACUUUGGAAUUAGAGAUUAAUUUGAUAAUCUCGGUGGACAUUUUGUUCUGAAAAAAGAAAAGAAAAUUUCCAUCAUUUGAUAAAUUAACCUCAAUUUUUAAUCAACAGUUAUAUUUACGUAGAUAUUGCAAUAUGUUGCUAUCAACAGUGUGACCGACACAUUAUGCCAUUGCCAAUCAUAAUCAUCCUUUUGUUCUUGAAGCAAAGUCAAUCAAUAAAAGUUAUCCAAACCAACCAUUCUGAUCAAUCAUUUCAUGUUUGUACAAGCCAAAAAGUGAAGGGAAAAAGUUUUUCACCAGAAAACAAAAGUUGCACCAAAUCAGAGUCGAAAAUCGUUUCAACACUUCACCUCAAAUCUUGUGUUUUUGGAUAAUUUGUGCUUUUAUAUUUACUUUUCAUAUCUAAAAGUUUUUAUCAAAAUUCGGAUAAAAUUUGUGAAUAGUCAAUAUCAGAUACAAACCUUUUCCAUGUCUUUACCAAAUAUCGAUAUAAUUGAAAGUCUUAUUGAGAAGAAAAAUCUUUCUCAACAGACUUGUGAACCUCCAAUCGAUAUAAGCUCGUUCAACUUUACCGACUAUGAUUACCAACGAACCCAUGGAAUUUUCAGAGAUUUCAACCUCAAAGAAUAUUGCAAAAUUUUCUUUUCUCUUUUCGUCAUUUUGAUAUCAGUUAUUGGUAAUAUUGGAGUUUUGUUUUCAUCAACUUUUAAUCGUUCCAUUCGUCACACUAUACACAUUUAUCUAUCGAAUCUGGCCAUUGCCGACCUUUUCAUUUCCAUAUUUUGCAUGACUGUUUUCCUAAUCAAUAACCUAACGGACCCAUUGUUCAUUCUCGGACCAAUUGUGUGCAAGCUUAAUGCAUUCGUGCAAAUGACAAGUUUAACCUCCAGUGUCCUUACUCUAUCAGCCAUUUCAUGUGAUAGAUUCAUUGCCAUCAUGUAUCCACUUCGAGUUCGAGUGACCAAACAGCGAACCAAGGCGGUCAUCACAGUCAUCUGGAUCAUUUCAAUACUCGUUUCAACUCCAUUCCUCUUCGUUCGUAAACACUUACAAAUAAAGUGGCGCAACUUUAUUGAAACAAACUGUCAAGAAGUUUGGCCAGGUCACACCGUUUACGAUCCAGAAAAGGAAAGAUGUAUAACAACUUAUCCGGGGAAAAAAUAUUACUAUACUUUUGUUACGAUUGCACUAUUUUUCUUACCAAUCAUCAUAAUGACCACAGCAUAUGUUUUAAUAAUUUGGAAACUUUGGAUAACCAAGCUUCCUGGUGAGAGUAAUGCUGCCUCAAUAUGUGCACAACAUCGAGCCAAGAAAAAGGUAAUCAAAAUGGCUUGUAUUGUUUUACUCGUCUUUGUUUGCUGUUGGGCACCUCUGCAAAUAACAUUAAUCUAUUCAGAAUUUUUUCACUCACCUUCGGAGCGAGGACAAUUGCCUGGUUGGUUUCGUCAAGCAUCUUAUUUGGCAAUUUUCGUUGCAUACUCCAACAGUGCCAUAAAUCCAAUUAUCUAUGGAGGAUUUGAUAAAACUUUUCGUCAAGCUUUUGGUACGUUUAUAAGUUGCCAUAGUUUUAACCCAGUUCCUCGAGUUAUCCUUGUUCCGGAAAAGAAAUCACGAAAUAAUUACCUUACUAAUACUUAUAAUGUUAACCAAUUCUGAAGGAAGAUUGUAAAAGAAGCUCGAAACUCUCAUCUUUAACCCUUUUCCUUUUAUCAUCAAAGUCAACUGAACAAUAAUGUUGUGGAAGGAUGAGAUUAGAGAAUGAUAAAAACUCAAGCCUUUCCUUUGUGUUUCAAGUCUGUUCUGAUCCUUAACCUAGCCUGAUCCAACCUAAUGAGUGGAUGGUUUUAAAGUUCAUGAUUGCAGUUGAAUAACUUUUGCCUGCUCUGUUUAACUCUGUGAGGACACAUUAUGCAGCAUUGAGCUCGACACAGAAGUUGACAAAGAGACAAACUUUUGGGUAAACCUUGAAAAGCUCACUCAAGUAAUUUACAAACUUGAUAAAAUAAAAGGACAGUGACUCUGCCUGCUUCUAAGCCAGAGAUUUUUCAAUGUCUAUCAAUAGUGGACACCUGAUUCUAUAAGAAAUGUUCAAAACCUUAAAGUCGAUUUUUUCGAUAAAGGUUUUUAGUGCUCUAAAAAUGCUCAAAAAAGUUUAUAGUUUAAACUCCAAGUCAGGACUUCAAGCCAAUGUUUAUUGCCAUUACUUUUGAUAAACUUAGAACUGAUCAAAAAAUAGCGCUUUGGAUAAUAGAGUUAGAGAAAGAAUCGAUUAAGAGUUUGUUAGCAAUUAACACCAAUUUGUAAGCAUUGCUAGACUAAAGAGAUUAAUGGAAAUUUCAUUGAUUUUCAUUAAUUAUCUGGAAAUCUUUGUCCAUUAAUUUUCCACUGACGCUGACAUUGGUCAAUCGAUUAUUCGUUGAGUCUCCAAACAGUGUGAAAUGAAAUACUUUUCACUGAGCAGCAACAAUACAAAGUAAAAGACGAAAACAUUGGAUUGAGAUUUUGAUCCGUUUUCUUGAAUUUCCAUUGAAACUGUAUUCUUAUGAUAAAAAUUUUACUAAUUUCGUUCUUUCAUUGAUUUUUCAAGAUGAAAGACCCAAAACUCUUGAAAACUCUGGCAAAGUUCGAGCUCUCUGACCUGUGUUUCACAAAGUGAGCAGUCGACGUCCACGCCUAAACUGACAGUGCAAAAUGUUAAACUAUCCAUUUAAAGAGCCUUAACAUAAUGGAAUUGAUUUUAUCACUAGAUAACAAUUUACUAAUGAUUUUAAUAUAACGCUAGUUUUGUAAAACCUUUAUGUCUAAACCUAUGUUUAUCUUUUGCUAUAAAAAUUAUUGUGCUCAAUUUAUAUGAAAAAAAGCUCAAAUUGUUAACUAAA